AUGCCUGUUACAACGUCAACGAUUGUGGGCGCGUUAGCGUGUCAAAAGAAUUCCUUUUUGAAAUCAUUCCAGACCCUGGUUAUCUCGUGCAAUGAGUAUGAGCCUAUCAUGACAUCUAAAGAUAAGCAGAACAAGGGAAAGAAGAAAGAAGAAAAAGUUCCAACCGAGAAGUUGUAUGCUGUGGAACUCGAGGAUACCAUUCUUUUUCCUGAAGGCGGGGGCCAGCCAUCUGAUACUGGCUCGAUCUUGCUUCCAAACCUGAAACAGGUACAAGUGAAGCAAGUGUUGCGUAAGGAACUCACUGCCGUUCAUGUCGUACCUGAAGCUGUUGAGCCAGGAUCGUUGGUAACCCUCAACGUGGACUGGGAUAGACGUAUUGAUAUUAUGCAGCAACACACUGGACAGCAUUUAAUCUCCGCCGUGUUUGACGGAUACGAUUUGGAGACCUUGAGUUGGUCUAUGGGCGACAUGAUCAACUAUAUUGAGCUUCCAAAGAAGAUUGAUGAUGAUUUGAUUGAGGAGGUGAGUAAGAAGGUCAACAACCUCAUUCUAGAAAACCUCCCUAUUACUGUCACUACACCAGACGAACAUGGAGGAGAAAUCGACACGAAAAAGAUCCCAGACGAUUAUGAUAUGUCCAAGGGUAUUGUGAGGGUUGUCAAGAUUGGAGAUCUUGAUGCAAACCCAUGUUGUGGUACUCACUUGACAUAUACGGGCCAAAUUCAAGCAGUGUCAUUCUUGCAUCAGGUUAACAUUCGAGGAGGUAACUCUCGGUUACAUUUCAUAUGUGGUUCGAGGGUCUCUAAACAAUUGGCCAACUACCACAAGUUGUUAAAAGAGAUUCUGGGAAGCACUUUGUCAUGCCAGAUCGAGGAAGUCGUGACAAAGGUUGCUGACCUCAGUGCCAACUAUAAGAAGGUACAGUCUAGAGAGAGUGGUCUUCUCAAACAACUUGCAAAUAUUCGUGCAGUUGAGGUCUUCACUAAAUUCAAGAAUGGCGAAGGAAGCAUCGCUACUGUUUAUCGGGAGGACAAUGGUCCCGAGUACUUAACAUUGUUCCAAAAAGAGCUCACUACAUUAAUUAAUGGCGAUAAAGACUCUGGAGUGAAUGUCAGCGACAAGUUCACUGUGGUCCUAAUUAAUGGAGAUUACAAAUCGGGCAAUGGAGGAAUGGUGAAAAUCUUGGGACCCCAGGCUGAUGAAGUCCUGAGUGAAUUAAAGAAGUUGAUAAGCAACAUGAAAGGCGGAGGCAAGGGUGCUAGCUUCCAAGGAAAAGUGACUAAGUAUGAGAAGGGAGAGGUUGAGACUGUGUUGAGGUACUUGGAGCUGUUGGAGCUUGAAUAA